CAUACGUUCGCUGAGGCAUUAGGGCCAGCCUAUAUUACAACCUAUACACCUACCGCUAUAUGUAAUGCCUUCAAGUCUACUGGAAUUUGGCCGUUCAAUCCCAAUGCCAUUAGUCCAGAUUCUUUGUCUUCACAAUCUUCACAAUCUUCAGAGUUGAACUCAGGUUAUACAUGCCCUACCAAACCAGACCCUACAAAAGAACAACUAGCAUUAGAAGUCGAGUUGCUAAAAAAAAAGGUUGAAAUAUUAGAAGAAGAACUUGAAACCUUUAAAAGACCUGAUCUGGAAGUUAACGAAGAGCAAUCCGAACCAAGGUUGCCAGAAAGAAAAAAAAGGAAGACUAUGCCCUUCUCUCAACUUCUUACAAACGAAAAGUCCUUACAACAAUUGAAGGAGGUGGAGAAAGAAGCUGAAAAAGCACAAAAAAAAGAGGCUCGAAAGCAAAAAAAGGAUGAGAUGGAGCAUAUAAAGGCAGAAAAGCAAC